CUACCUAGCCUAAUAGCCACAUUCUUCACUUUUUAUCUGUUUCUUUUGUCUACAUCCCUUUGUUCUCUUCUUGUUGUUGUACUAGUAGUAGCUCUACCUAUCAUGGAACACCAACAACAACAAAACUAUCUUCACCAACAACAUAUGACAAACAACAACAUAGAAGAUGGUGGCAGCAAAAACAACAACAGCAGCAGCAGCAGUUUCAUGUGCAGGCAAAGCAGUACUAGGUGGACACCUACAAGUGACCAGAUAAGAAUAUUGAAGGAUCUUUACUACAACAAUGGAGUUAGGUCACCAACUGCUGAGCAGAUUCAGAGGAUCUCUGCUAAGUUGAGACAGUACGGAAAGAUUGAAGGCAAGAAUGUGUUUUAUUGGUUUCAGAACCAUAAAGCUCGUGAAAGGCAAAAGAAGAGGCUCAUUGCUGCUGCCUCUGCCACUGAUAUCAAUAAUAAUAAUAAUAUCCCCAUGCAAAUGAGACCUGUUUGGAGAUCUACUGCUGAUGACCACAAGUAUAACAACACUACUACUCAUCCAGGUGUUCACUGUCCAUCAGCUUCUUCUCAUGGUGUACUAGCAGUUGGGCAGAAUGGCAACUAUGGUUAUGGAACUUUGGCUAUGGAGAAGAGCUUUAGGGACUGUUCAAUAUCACCAGACGGAUCAAUGAGUCAUCAAAAUUUUACAUGGGUUGGGGUUGAUCCGUACAUGACAUCUUGUCCAGCAGCUUACCCUUUUCUUGAAAAGAAACAUUAUGAAGAAACCCUAGAUGAUGAGGAACAACUGAAGCAAGAAGAAGAAAAUUACCAAAGAGCCUCUGCUUUAGAAACACUGCCACUAUUUCCCAUGCAUGAAGAGAACAUGAUCUCUAGUUUCUGUAGCAGCUACACAGAAUGCUACCACCGUACUUCAGAUGAUCAUCACAAUAACUUGGCUGCUCUUGAACUCAGUCUCAACUCGUUCAUUGGCACACCUUCUAAUUUCCCCUAAAUUUAGGAUCGGUAUUUGGUUUCUUUAAUUUAGUCUUAUGUUAGCACUAGCACUAAUUUGGUGUGCCUAGCUAUGGACCAUAUGGUAAUGUUAAUUAGUAGUAUUAAUCUUAGUUGGUACUUACUUUGUACUAAUGUUGUUAAUUAAAGUACGGAAAGUUUAUUAUGUGAUUCGAAGUUCUCGGCACCAACUUGCAAUUUUAUGAGUUUUUGCUGUUACUAUGGAUGGAGGAAUUUUAGUUUUGAGUUAGUACUUGCAGACAGUACGAAGGCAAUACUGUACUGUUUGUACCUACACCUACGGCAAUAUAGGACAAACAUGCCAUGGGUUUCUAGCCUUUAUGGUACCCUCAUAUUCUAAGCCUAAACAUUAAUUGAGACUGUGAAUUCAAGAUGAUCAGUAAUGGAAGAAUUUAAUUUUUGUGCACUCGAUCACAAUGUAAUUUUUUUUUUUUUUUUGCACCAUCAAAUAAAAGUAGUAACUUAUAACAUCAGGUAAUUGUUUAUGUUAAGCUUAAUGUGUAUGUUAAGCUUAAUGUGAACCCAGGAAAUAAAGUAAAUAACCUGUCAUAGCAUCUUAAAUUAAAACACCAGUUGAGUUUAAAUUAUCUACAUGGUUGGUGUAAAGCAAAUUACACUAUCAGGCCAUCCAGAGAAUAUUUAUAGCCUACAGUAAAUAUUCUUCAAAUGUGAGAUUUAUAAUCUUGGAAACAAGA